AUGACAUCGACUGAAAAGGAUAUCGCUUGCGAUAUGGGCUCUGACAUACCCCAUCCUUCUGAGAAAGAGCCAGAAACAUCUCACACACCGAGGGAUACGGCUGACGGUCAUGGAAACUCGGAUCAGGAGACUCUCGAUCGAGAGGCUCAGGCUGGUGUGAAGGGAGUUCAGGCUGCGGCCGCCGUGUGGACUAAGUCGCACUUGAUCCUGGCAUAUGUGAUCAUUUGGUUUAUUUAUUUUGUUACCUCCAUCCAGGAGGUCGUCAUCCGUUCCCUAAAUCCCUACGUGACCAGUGCCUUCAUGCUUCAUUCUUUGACGGCUGCUACGAGUAUCAUGGCUAAUAUCAUUGGAGGAUUGAGUAAAAUUCCAUUGGCAAAGAUAUUGGACUCGUGGGGUCGGCCUCAGGGUAUGACUUUGAUGCUGGUCAUCUGGGUUGUGGGAUUCAUCAUGAUGGCGGCUUGCGACAACGUUCAGACAUACGCUGCUGCGCAGGUUUUCUCUUCUGUGGGAUCCCAAGGAGUCAGCUAUUGCUUGACAGUUUUCAUUUCAGACACCUCCGCGUUGAAAAACCGAGCUCUCAUGUUGUCAUUUGCAACAUCGCCAUACAUAAUCACCACCUGGAUCGGAGGACCAAUCUCCCAGAGUGUCCUCGAAGGCCCCGGCUGGCGAUGGGGAUUUGGAAUCUUCACCAUCUGUGUUCCGAUCGUGGUGGCUCCUCUGUGCCUCCUGUUCUUCUGGAAUCAGAACAAGGCCAAGAAGCUGGGCUUGCUCGCACCCAGCCGUGGUCCGCUCACCUUGUCCGCAGUAAAGCAAUACUGCAUAGAGGUCGACUUAAUCGGAAUAAUUCUCCUGGCGGGCGGAAUGGCCUUGUUCCUUCUUCCGUUCAGUCUCUGGUCCUACCAAAAAGAUCAAUGGCGCUCCGCGAUGAUUAUCUGCAUGAUAGUUUUUGGAGGGCUUUUGCUCAUCGUAUUCGCUAUCUACGAGCGAUUCUGGGCUCCAGUGACCUUCAUCCCAUUCAAUCUAUUGAUGGACCGAACUGUCCUCUUUGGUGGGCUCAUGUUUGUCUUUGAGUUUUUCAACUCUAUGGUCUGGGGUAGUUACUUCUCAUCAAUGCUCCAGGUCGUUUGGGGUCUGGAUGUUACAGAAGCCAGCUAUGUCUCAGCCAUCUACAGAGUCGGAUCCUGCCUCUUUUGUCUCCUCGUAGGCUUCCUGAUCCGUUGGACUGGCCGCUUCAAGUGGCUGGCUGUUUACUUUUCCUUCCCGCUUAUGAUCCUGGGCGUUGGACUGAUGAUAAAAUUCCGCCAGCCCGAUGCGGGUAUUGGGUAUAUUUGCAUGACUCAAAUCUUUGUUGCCUUCGCUGGUGGAACCACUGUAAUCUGUGGUGAGCUCGCUAUGAUGGCGCCUUCGGACCACCAGCACAUCGCUGUUAUACUUGCUAUGCUGAAUUUGUUCAGUAGCAUUGGCAGUGCAAUUGGAUCAACUGUGUCUGCCGCUAUUUGGACUAGUGAGUUCCCGAAGGCAUUGGCCAAAUAUGUACCGGCGGAGGUGGACGUGGCGAAGGUUUAUUCGGAUAUUACGGCCCAGCUGUCGUAUGAAUGGGGAAGCCCGGCUCGGAAUGCCAUUGCUCACGCCUAUGGAGAUGCGCAGCAGUAUAUGUUAAUUACCAGUGUCUGUAUGCUGGUAGUUGCUUGGGGAUGUGCUGCGAUGUGGAGAGAUAUUAAGGUAAAGGAUCUUAAGCAGGUUAAGGGGCGCGUGAUUUAA